AUGGAUUUGGUUAUUAAGAGGGGAAAGAAGAGAAGGGGUGGGGAGGGUCGGCAUAGAGUUAUGUGGGGUGGCCUGACUCUGACCAGUGCUUUGGAGAUAUGGGUGAAGUUGGAAGGGAUGAGGGUGUGGGAGUAUAGGAGGGAUGUGGAUAGUAUGUGGGAUAGGGCCGCGAGUUGCAUCAAGGAUACUGCUAGAGAGUGGAAUGAAGAAGUUAAGAAAAGGGUAGAGACGAAGAAGGGGACGUACGUUAAGUUGGUUGAGAGUAAGAAUGAAGAGGAGAAGCGGAUGAGCAUGGAUGAGUACAAGUUAGCUAAGAAGGAGGCUAAGUUAGCUGUUAUGGCUGCUAAGACAACAUCUUUUGUGAGUCUGCAUAAGGGGUUAGAAGAGAAAGACGGGGAAAAGAGGUUGUUUAGGCUUGCCAAGGUAGAGGAGGUUUGCAAGGCUAUUCGCAAGAUGCAAAGGAGCAGGGCGAUGGGGCCCGACAACAUUCCAGUAGAGUUUUGGAAGUUUUCUUGUGGGGCAGGGUUGAGAUGGCUGACCAACUUGUUUAACAUCAUUUUUAAGUCCGCUAAGAUGCCUGAGGCGUAG